CUCACGAAGCAUAUAUUUACGAAGCUGACGAAGCAAAUAUCAAGAACGCCGACGCAGCAGAACUUAAAACCGCUUAAAAAACUGUUUCCAAGCACAACAGAGCCAUUCACUUCAAGGAAGGAAAAGAAAGAGCUUCUCGGAUUAAUAAGAGAUACAAGGAAGCUAACUGGCUACGAUGGAAACAAAAAAUAGCGACUCACUCCAUGAGAAAAUUAAAAAACAGAAAGAAAAAAUUUGCGGAAAUAGCCCGAAUCUAUCUAAAGAAGCUGCCGAUUACCUGGAAGCAGCGCUUGGAAGAUUACAUUCCCUUACUUUCAAAGAUUCAAAACAAAAGGACACAUUUUUUGAAAAUGUUCAAUGUCUUCAAGGAUAUCACAUAAUUGAAAUCUUCAAUACAUGGGUGGCCUCUCAUCUUCAAGAUUCACUGAAAGAUCCUUCCAAAUCGACGAGAGAGAUAAUGGGAAUUUUCGAAAUUUGUUCUCAAUUUUGUUAUUCCUCCGACAUGUCCAGUGGAGUAUCCUUUGAGGUCUUUAUCAGGACUAUUAAGUUUUGCUUUCCCUCUGAUUCAAAGAAGUGCCACUUAUCAACAAGAAUAGUUGUGAUGCUACUGGAACUUGUGCAGAUUCUCCAAGAAGGAAAACUCAUUUUUCCUGUUUCAGAUUCACAGAAGAAAACGUACUGCAUUAACAGUGCUACGAAUCUCUUCAAUGACUUCAUUGUAAUUUUAGAGGCGAGGGACUAUUGCGCGGAAGAUAUUGUUGAUAUAAUCUCCCAAGCAUCUAAGUUUGCUCGGGCAGAUAUCAAACGCAAGUCUUCUGAAUUGCAAUCGGAACUGAUGAAGACGUUAUUUCCUGGCUUACAGUAACCUUUUGAUGACUUGAUUCCCGCAA